CGCCUCUUAAAGGGGCCGCGGCGGGUUUGGGGGGCGGAGAGGAAGAGGAGGGAGAAAGGGAGGAAGAGGAGGAGGCGUGGUGGGGCUGCCGGGCCGGGCCAUGGGGCAGCGCCGGGGCGGCUGAGCGGUGUCCAAGAUGCUGCAGGUGCCGCUGCCGCUGGAUCGGGACGGGAUCCUGUUCCGGCUGCGUUUCACCACGCUGGCCCUCGGCACUGUGUUCUGCCCCCUCUUUGGCUUCCUCUUCUGUGUCAUCUGGUCUCUGCUCUUCAACUUCCGCGAGACCACUGCGACCCACUGUGGGGUGCCCAACUACCUGCCGUCCAUCAGCGCGGCCAUCGGCGGCGAGACCCCGCAGCGCUACGUGUGGCGCCUGUGCAUCGGCCUGCACUCGGCCCCGCGCCUCCUCGUGGCCCUGGCCUACUGGAACCACUACCAGAGCUGCCACUGCCCGCACCCCCGCUACCUGCGCCUGUGCCACGCCACCCUGCUGCUCAACCUGCUCGAGAACUUCGCCCUCCUCAUCCUCACCUACGUGUCCUCCACCGAAAACUAUGCAAUCCACGAAAAUGCCUUCAUCGUGUUCAUCACGUCGGCCCUGGGCCACAUGCUGCUCACCUGCAUCCUCUGGAGAAUGACUAAGAAACACACAGUAAGUCCCGAGGAGCGCAAGUCGUACAAGUGGAAGCAGCUGCUCUUCUUCUUCACCUUCAUCACGUUCGCGUUCGCCGUGUGCGUUUACUUCCACCACAACUGGUACUGCGGCCCUGGAGUGUACACUGUCUUCGCCUUCCUGGAGUACCUGGUUGUGCUCUCCAACAUGGCCUUCCACAUGACUGCCUUCUGGGACUUUGGCAACAAGGAGCUGGUGGUGAGCUCGCUGCUGGAGGACAAGCACUUCUAGCCAGCCCCGCUGCUGGGGCUCCUCCUCCCUGUCCUGCCAGGGCUGGGUGUUUGCUGUGGAGCUGCUGCCAGGACCCUGCCGAGACCCCUGAGUGUCUGUCCCUGCUGCAGGACCCCCUGUCCUGGCUCCUGCCAGCCCCAGGAGGGCAG